CAAACCGUUUUGGGUUUCAAAAGCAUGGCUGCUCCGGAGGUGGCGGCGGCGGUGUCGUCGUCUCUGGGAGCAGACCCAGCCCAGGUCCCUGAAACUGCAGAAACAGCUGCAGCAACGGCCGCUACCUCGCCAGCGAUGGCCAGGACCGGAUCCGAAGCCAUGGUCUCCAAGGCCGCUUUGGCUACUAAGCUGCUGUCCCUCAGCGGCGUGUUCGCCGUGCACAAGCCCAAGGGGCCCACUUCAGCCGAGCUGCUGAAUCGGCUGAAGGAGAAGCUGCUGGCAGAAGCUGGCAUGCCUUCUUCAGAAUGGACCAAGAGGAAAAAGCAGACUUUGAAAAUCGGGCAUGGAGGAACUCUGGACAGCGCAGCCCGAGGAGUUCUGGUGGUUGGAAUUGGAAGGGGAACAAAAAUGUUGACCAGUAUGUUGUCAGGGUCCAAGAGAUAUGUCGCCAUCGGAGAGCUGGGGAAAGCCACCGACACGCUGGACUCGACGGGCAAAGUGACGGAAGAGAAGCCUUACGAUAAAAUAACACAAGAAGAUAUUGAAGGCAUUUUACAGAAAUUCACUGGGAAUAUAAUGCAGGUGCCUCCCCUCUAUUCUGCGUUAAAGAAAGAUGGACAGAGGCUUUCAACCUUGAUGAAGAGAGGUGAAGCAGUGGAAGCCAAGCCCGCCAGGCCAGUUACUGUGUACAGUCUCUCCCUGCAGAGAUUCCAGCCACCAUUUUUCACAUUAGAUGUUGAAUGCGGAGGAGGCUUUUAUAUCAGAAGCUUGGUCAGUGACAUUGGCAAAGAGCUCUCGUCCUGCGCCAAUGUGCUGGAGCUGACCCGGACCAAACAGGGGCCGUUCACGCUGGAGGAGCACGCCCUCCCGGAGGACAGGUGGACAAUCGACGACAUUGCACAGUCGCUGGCACGUUGCUCAUCUCUGCUCCCCGCGGAGACGGCACUUAAAAAGUCAAAACCCGAGGAGUCUAACGAACACAUUUUGAGCUGUGAAUACAUAACUCUAAGUGAGAAGAAGGGAGAAGAUGAUGUAAUUAAGACAUGUUAAGAUUGGCACAGGUCAUCACUUCUUGGUGGACAUUCGAAUCCUGUGUACACAAGCUACCGGCAAAGGACAAACAACUACUUUUUUUUUGCAUGAAGAAAAAUGUCCAUCAUUUGCAGUUUCUGCAGUGUGCAAUUUAUCUGCUGUGCACUGCAAACAGCAGUUGUUCAGUUCUUCGGUGUGCUGUGGAAUGUUCUUUUAGGAUAUUAUGUUUUAGAGCGGGUACAGGAACAUCAGCUUGAUUUGAUCUUGCUUCAAAGUCUUUUCCUGUGAAAAAGCUGAACACAGUUUCUAAUCAAAGAAAAAAGACAUACGAGCUACGUGUUUCUUCGGCAUCAAAAAAGUUAAUGUAAAUUGGUGUUACUUUGGUCUUCUUCUGGCUGCCUGGUAGCUCUAUUGUAUGCAAAUUCUUUAACUAUGUUUGAAACUGCUGUUAUUUAACUCUUAUGAUUUGAGAGUUUGUGAUUAUUAAGGACAUUUCUUUGAUAAGGGUGCAUUCAUUUGGUAAUAGCUGUGUUCGUUUAGAUCUUGGACAUUAAUAAACUUUUAUAAUAAAUACUUGUAAUUGAACCAAAUUUUUGCUGUUACCACUAAAGGGGGGAAAGUACAAGAUUAAAUACACCUCUACCGUUAGUUAGUACAAAGGAUGGCCCAGUGGCCUGUAUUUCCGCAGCUGUGAGAUCUUCCGAUAUUUCCCACACUGUCGACCACUCUAUUCCAAGUUGCUGAAUAACAAUUUUUUAAGAUUAAGCUAAAGAAUGUCUUCAAUUAAACAUUUCCUUAUUCUUUAAUAUUUAUUUUACCUUUUUUAGGGCAUUGGUUUUUAGUUUGCUCUUUCAAAUGAUGUUUAUAGGCUCUGAGAUUGCCUCUGUGCAUUUCCAGCUAAUCUUUUCAGCUCUAAAUAUUUAAAAACAGUUAAUCUUCAGUGUUUUCAUUCAGAUGGCCUACUAAAAAUUGUCUCUUCCUUGUUAACAUAAUUUUGAAAGCAUAGGCACAUUACAAAAUAGUACAUUUCACAUGUAAUGAGUGCUUCGUAUUUUUGUUAUGGGAAAGUAAUAUAUUACGCAUCAUCCAGUCUGUAGACAUGUUUGCCCUUCAUUUAUUCAAUAAAUACAGUUUCAAAAGGAAGAAUCAUUAAAAUUUUCAUAACAUAGCUUUUAUAUUUUUAUGGAUUGCAUUUCUUUUGGCUGGUUGCCUCUUCACAACCCCUACCUUGAAAAAUGUCACUAUGAAAACCAACAUGGUUUUAUUGAUGAUUUACUCAGUAUAGAAAGGUAUAUGCUUCAGUAGAGCAUUUUCAUCCCAUUGGCAACAUAUAUGAAGAGGAAAUACUGAAAGUAAUUCUUAGUAUGACACAGGAAAGUAUGAGGAAAACAACUUGAUAUCACGAGGUAUUAACAUCAAAUGCCAAACAAAGUUGAAAUAUCAAAGUUUACAAUUUCAUUUGUUCGGAGCUGCUGCCCUGCAGACUGUGCCAACCCAAAGUGGCGGCAACAGCUGCUUGUGCCCCGGAUUGUGCGGGGUAGAGCGGGUCCUCAUGCGUCGCCAGCCAAGGUCCAAACAGAGGAAUGUUUAGGUCGUAGAAAACAGCUAGGCAUUUCUGCCCCACGUCACAACUUAAAAAUUGACGUGUGUAAUUUAUUAAUGGAGAAGACUAGAGAUUAUUCAACUAGACAAAUGACUUUUUAAAAUAGUAACCAAUCCUUUUUUUAUUUUAAUUGCAAAAUUCUUGCUGUGUAUAUUCUCUUUUUGCUCUGAGGACAUUGAAGAAAAUUUUGUCAAAUGGAAAAAUUACCCAUACUCCUCACCAUCCUGGUGCAGUGACUUCAGAACUUUAAUUUUGUAGUAAUAUUUUCCUUUUGUGUACAUAAUUACGAUCAUAAGACUCCUAUACUUUUUAAUUGACUUUUUCUGAUGUAAUUGUUUGAUAAUUAUUAUUUUAAUUAUAUUACUUCAUAUUCAGUUUUACACUAUUUCCUUAUUACUGAACACAGGUUAUGUUCAAUUUUAUUAGGAUAAAUUCUCGAGAGUGAGAUUAUUAAGUGGGAUAUAGGAACAAUUUUGGGGUUCUUAAUAUGUUUGCCUUAUUGCUUUCUCAAAGCACUGUAACAUUUUACUGUUACUGUCUGAGUAUUAUCAGUUCACUGAAAGUUUACAGUUUGGGUGGGGGUAUAGUAUGUUGUUGCUGAUUUAGUAAGUGUAAGAGAGAGUUUAAAAUUGCUCUGCUUUGCUUUUGCGUGACUUGCAUGUAUUUUGUCCAUUCAUAUAAAUAAAUGUCUUGUGGUUUCUUUA